GACACUUUAAUCCCUUGACGUCGACGUAACACAAAUAUGCGGCCUCACAGAACUGGGCAUUUUUCCGUGGAGCCACAUAUUUGCGCCGUGUCACUGAGAACACCGGGUCCAGUUCUAACACAUUUACCACCAAAUGAAAGCCCAAUUUGUCCUGAAAAAAAAAAGGUAUAAUUCACCUGGAUGUACAAAGUAGUUGUGGUGAUAUGUACGGUUUUACUAACAAAUUUCAACUUGCAAAAUUGUGCUUAGGCAU